GGAGCGCACGAGUCUGAACGCGAUCGCCUUUGAGUCGACGGCAAAGCUCAUUCAGCGCGUGCUGGACCAAGGAGUCAACAUCGUGGAGGCCUUUGUGGACACGCUAGGCGACCCUCAGAAGCACCAGGAGCGCCUGGAGCACCGCUUCCCCCGGGUGCGGUUCACCGUGGCUAAGAAGGCUGACAGCCUGUUCCCCAUCGUCAGCGCUGCCAGCAUUGCGGCUAAGGUGACUCGUGAUCGCUGCAUUCAGCAGUGGGCCUUCUCUGAAGAUGCUCCGUCGGCCCGCCCCUCCCAGCUGCAAAGUCAACCCGGUCAACCCAGUCAGCCGAGUCAACGCAGUCCUCUGAGUCAGCCGGAGGCAGUGUCAGUGCCGGGGGAAGAGCAGGGCGACAGAGAAGACUGUGCAGAUGGAGGGGAGGAGGCAGCUGCAAUCACAGAAGCAGUAGCAGCGGUGGGAGGAGAAGUGGAAGGAGAAGAAGUCGAAGAAGCAGGAAGAGGAGAAGCAGCGGCAGGAGAAGCGUUCAAUCUGAAUCUGGGUUCGGGAUACCCUGGAGACCCCGCCACCAAGGCGUGGCUGGCGGGCAGUGUGGACGAGGUGUUUGGCUUCCCCUCCCUCGUGCGCUUCAGCUGGGCCACUGCCAAAACUAUCAUGGACUCCUCUUGCGUGCCUGUGCACUGCGAUAGAAUUGACCGCGCGGCCGUUUUGAGGGUACACAUGGACACGCUAACAGAUGACGUGGCAGUAGUGAAGGUUGCAGAGUUUCAAUCUGUAGGAUCUACAGGCUACCCGCUGCAUGACGUGGAUGAGGACGAUUCAGAGGACUUUGACACGUCAGUGUCGUCAAGCGACUCGGCCGAGUCGUCUCCCCGGCCUUCCUGGAAAAUUGCAGCAGCUAUGGAUCCACGUCAGCUUGACUGGGUACACCUCGCGAGCCGCUUAAAGUCGUCUGCUCUUGGCGUGCGCCACCAGAAAAACACCUCAGCAGGUUGUUUCCAGACGAUCGCGGGCUCCUCGCUGGAGGACGAGGAGCGCGUCGCUGACGGGUGCUCGGGCGACAAAAGUAUAGAGCGGUCCGAGGAUUGGAGCGACGGUUCGAUUGUUACAGGAGGAGGCGACUACGAGCGGGAUGAUUCUUCUAGUGGACGGGAGAGUGAGAGGUUUGAGGAACGGUGCGAGGCGGUGACGGCGAACGUGCGGGAAGUGGUUACACGCGAGCAGGCGGGGAAGGAUUGGCGGUCGGAGCAAUCGUGGGACGCGAGUAGCGUGGGGUUGUGGGACGAGCGCGGCGACGGCGAGUCGGACGCGGCGGAGUCGGUACGGAGCAUCUUCAGCUGGCCGGUCGUUUCGAGCUCCGAAAGCGAGGCGGAAGGCACGGAGAUGGUCGACAUGGCGCGGGCGGUGCGGGUGGCGGAGAUGGUGGGGAAGGCGGAGACGGCGGAAACGGCGGAGUCGGCGGAGACUUCAGAGACGGCGGAGAUUUCGGAGACGGCGGAGAUUUCGGAGACGGCGGAGAUGACGGAGACGGCAGAGGCGGCGGAGAUGGCGGGGACGGUGGGGAUUGUCAAGAUUGACAGCGAGUUACAAGUGCGUGUAGUUAAGGGGCUUAGGCGGGAGGAGGAGCGGUGCGGACUGGAGCUGCUAGGCGCCGUGGUUGCGAGGAGUAAUUUAGAGCCGUUUCGAAAUAAACUGUUAGGUGGCGUAGUAGCGAGGAGGAGUAGGCGGAAGAGGCGCGCAGCGGUGAGUGCGGCGCGCAUAGCGGGAAUUGAAGACGACAGUAGCGAGUCCGAAGCGGAGGGGAUCGAAGGGCGGGAGAUGCAAGUGUUCCGCGUAGCGGUUGUACCGCCGGAAGAUGAGGGCGCGCACGGCGGAAUUAAGGGGGCAGUGAGUGGGGGCGGGGCUUGCUCGAAUCAGACCAAUAGGCUUCGGGACGGAGUUAGCGAAACGGUUGGGAUGCUGGGUGGAAGCGUGGAGGAGGAACCGGCGAUGUGCCUUGCGCGAGCGGCAGCAGGUAUCGCGGCGCUGGGAGGCGAAAAAGCGGGUUUGGCGGAAGAGUGUCUUCCCGCCGACGCUGCCAGCAGCCCCUGUCGCGUCGCGGCUAGAGAUCCUUCUCCUCCCACGGGUUCGCGCUGCGACGGUGGGCCCGAUAUAAGCACGAGCCGGGCAGUGCUGCCGCGCGGGGAAGGGGACAGCGGGCCAGCGCGCAAAGAGGCUGGCGCACGCGAGUCCGCGGUGCGCGGAGCUCUGAGAGGGGCUUUCGCGGCGGUGCUGCCGGGCAUGCGCGCGGUCACCUCCGCCCUCCAAUCCGCCGUGGUGAGCCCUUUACGUAGUCCGUCCACGGUCGGGGAGAUCUGCUACCACGAGCUUCAAAGCGCGUCCGCCGCGCCGCCGGACCGCGCGCAGCUGCUCGCCGCGCUGGCGCGGGCGCAGGGGCUGGCGGAGGGGCAGCAGUGUCUGGCGCCUUGGGAUCCGGACGCGGUGGUGGCGGUGCCCCUCGGAACUGCCGCGCAGGUGAAAUCCGCGCUGCAGGCCUCGCGGGAGCUGCUGCGCGCGGAAGAGCUCGCGCUUCCGGGGGAGACGGGGGAAGACGCGGAGGCGGAAAUGCAGGCGGAUGGGGAAGACGCUUGUCGAGGGGAGGACGGGCAGGAGGGAAUGGGGGAAGUGAGCGAGGGCGGCGGAAGCGGAGUAAGCGAGGAAAGCGGGGGAAGCGGGGGGAGCGGAGGAAGCGGGGGAACCGGGGGAGGCGGCGGAAGCGGGGGAAGCGGCGCGCUGCCCAUGGUGCUGGCGCGCACGCUGCAAGCCCUGGACGUGUUCGAGGAUGUGCCCCUGCGGGACGAUGAGGAGGGCGCGGGGGGCGGAGGCGGGGGCGCGCGGGUGUUCGUCCCCAUGCGCCAGCUGGCGGCGGGGCUGGCGACCGUGGGGGGAAACCUAGGCGGAAGCAUGGGGGGGAAUCUGGGGGCCAUGGGGAGAGUGGGGAGCGGAAAUGGCCGGGGGAGCGUGAGGGGGAGUGAUGGGGAGGGGGAGGGGCAGGAUGGGGUGGUGGGGGCGGGGCAUGGGCGUGGGGAAGCAGGAAAUGGGUAUGAGGCGAUGGGGUAUGGGGGGGGUGCGUUUUUGGAUGACUUGAGGUAUGCUGGUGGGGGAGUUUAUGGCGAUGGAGAGUGCAUGGGUGGUGAGAUCAUUGAAGGUACAGGCCGCUUUGAUGCUGUGGAGUGCGUAGAAGAGUGUGGGUGCAUGGAGGAGUGUGGAUACGUGGAGGAGAGCGAAGCAAGUGGGCAGGAGGAUACAGGCUAUGGGGAAAAUGACUCGGGAGAGGAGGAUGAGCUGUGGAAGCUGCGUGCCUCCCUGCACCGGGCGUCACAGCGAGCACUGCUCUCCCCACACGCCAUGCUGUGCCCCCGCCACCACACUCGCAUGCUCUCUGCUCCGCACUUGCACUCCUCCCCCCACUUGCACCCCUCUUCCCCCUCCAUCGACCCCUCCCCUCAUGCUGCCCUUUUCCGCUCACACACAGACUGGCCGUGCUACCGCGACCCCUCCCCCCUCUCCGCGCCCUCCCCCUUCUCCGCGCCCGCGCUCUCCCCCUUCUCCGCGCCUUCUGCCCUUUCCGCGCCCUACCCUACCCGUGAGGGCGGGGACAGCACUGCUGCCACAGCAGCUGCUGUAGCGGCUGCGUGGUGGCGGGAGGAGUGGGAGGGGAGUGGGGUGCAGGAGGCAGGAGGGAGGAAGGAGUGGGAGGGGAGUGGGGUGCAAGAGGCAGGAGGGAAGGAGGAGUGGGAGGGGAGUGGAGGGCGGGAGGUAGGGGGAAGAGGCGAGUGGGAACGGAGUGGGGCGGGGGAGGCAGGAGGAAGCAGGGAGUGGGAGGGGUGGGAGAGGAGUGCGAGCUUCCCUCUCUCGAGCUGGGACCGGGGCCAGUGGAUGGACGAUCGGUGGGAACAGCCUGUUUUUGCCCCUGAUGUGGCGGUUGAUGGAGUAACCAGGCUGGGAAGAGCGCUGGUGUGCAGUGGCGGUGGUGAGAUGGGGGGAGUGCAGGGGCGAGUGGGUGCAAUGCGGAAACAGAUGGGUAAGGCGAGACGUAGAGCGGUGGAGAAGGAUGGCGGGGAGGUAGGGGAAGUUGAAGUGGAGGGGAGGGAAAGGAAGGAGAGAAGGCGGGCAGUGGAAGGACGGAAGGAUGGGGAAGGGAGGGAGGUGUGUGAUUCGAGAGUGGCGGAAGCAGGUAGGGUGCAGAGGGUGCAGAGGAGAAAGGUGAAGAAGGCAGUGAAAGGAGCAGAGAAGGGAGAUGGGAGCAGGGAAGGUGCUUCUUUCGAGAAGCAGAAGAAGAGUGCGAGGAAGGCUGGUUGCGCAGGCGGCGGGGAGAUGGGGAUGGAAGGGUGUGAGCCACGGGCUAAGGUUCCUGUGAGGGGCAAGGCGAGGCGGGCGAGGGGAGAAAGUGGGGGUGCUGGCGGAUGUAGCAGUGUGGCAGGUGCGAGCGGGGAGGAGGGGGUGGAGAUGGCAGGGUGUGGGCCAGGGGUCAAGGUACCUGUGAGGACCAAGGCGAGGCGAAAAGGGGCAGAAGGCGGGGGAGGAGCUGGCAACGUGGCAGGUGCUAAGGAUGCUUGGGGGGAAGGGCUGGUGCCGGGUAGAGUGCGGAGCAAAGGGAGUGGACAGGGAAAGGUGAAGUGGUGUGGGGGUGUGGAGAGUGGUGUGGUGGAGGAGGGGUCAGAGAAGGUGGGCGAUGUGAAGAUGAGGACAGCAACAGGAGGAGUGAGUGCUCCAGACAAGGUACGCCGAGCCCGCAAGCCAGCUAGGGGCGGCACGGCGCUCACCGCUCUGCGCACAAGCGGUGACGACCUCGGCUUGUACUCGCACUCGUCCUCAUCUGCUUCCCCAGCAGCAGGCGAGCCAAAGGGGUGUUGGGUGGAAUCAGCAGCAGGGGGGCUCAAAACGGGCUGUCUGGAUCCAACGCGAGGCCGCCAGCCGAAUCAGCCUGUUAUUUCGACAUCUUCCCUCGCGCCGUCCUCCCCACUCGUUCUCUUCGCCUCCACCCCCGUCUCUCCCCCUGAAGCCUCUCCGUCCGUCUCAGUGCUCCGCUCUUUCUUUGAGUCUGCUAAAAACCCCCCACUCUUCCGCCCCACCUCCGCCUCCAUCGCACUCCCCAAGGCCUCUCCCUCCGUCUCGGUACCCAGCUCUGCCACUUCUGCUGCUGAGAUGACUGCUGCUGCCUCUCGGGACUCCAAGCCUGCUGCUCCCUGCAUCACCGCUGUACCAGCUACCCCCCCACUCUUUCACCCCGCCUCCACCUCCCUCUCACUCCCCCAGGCAUGCCCCUCCGUUUCGGUACUCAGCUCUGCCACUUCUGCUGCUGGAAUGGCCGCGGUCCCUCGACAAUCCAAGCCUGCUGCUCCCUGUGUCACCCCUGCACCAGCUGCCCUCCGCGCAGUGUCCCGGUCGCGAAUGGAGGUGGCGGCCUUUUCUCUCGCCCUGCCGGAAUACAACGACGCCCCGCAGCUCUCCUUCAUCACGCACGGAUGCGCCUUCAUGGGCCUGCUCUCGCCCAUGGGCGUCCCCGCCCCGAUCAGAUACGUGCAAGAAGGCGAUAUAGUGGCAAUCCCGCGCGGGUGGGCGAGCUGGGCGUGGAACAACGGGUCGGAGCCCCUCAGGGCGCUGCUGCUGUCCGACACGCGCUCUGCCACGCAGGCGGGCGAGGUGCACGCGUUCACUCUCAUGGGCGGCCCGCAUGAGACACUGGGGGGUGUGCUGCAUGGGUUCAGUGCCGAUCUGCUAGCAAGGGCGUGGGACGUGGAGGAGGAGGAGGCAAAGCGACUGGUGGCGGGGCAGAAGCACGUGGGCUUCAUUGCCAUCGGUCAUCACAACGCCCCGCGGCUGACAGCGCAGGUGCAGGUCAUGCUGGAAGAGAGCGAUCAGGCGUACGGUGAGGAAGAGGAGAUCGUCCACAGCAUCAGCAUGGAGGGCAGCAACGGCGUGAAGCACAUGCGCAUGGGCGACAUCUCCCCCUUCACGCGCUUCAAGUGCAGCCUGGCCCACGCCACACCGGAUGUGUCGGUGCCCAAGGGAGGAGAUAUCUUCGUGGUGGAUCGCUCCAAGCUGCCCGUGCUGCACCACAUCGGCUUGUCUGCCUUCCUCUACCACCUCCAGCCCAGCGCACUCCUCGCCCCCCACUGGUAUCCCAACGCCGCCAUCCUGCAUGUGGUGCUGGCGGGCAGUGGCCGCAUCGAGGUGGUGUAUCCUGAUGGCCGCACCGCUCUGCACCGUGACGUUCACACCGGGGAUGUCAUUGCUGUUCCUGCACUCUUCCCUUCUUCCAUGCGCGCUCUCGUCCCCUCCUCCAUGGUACGUCCCCUCUCCCCACUCUCUCUUCUCCCCUCGUCCUUCCCAUUCAUUGUCAUUCAUUUGCUCCCUUUAUUCUUUGGUCUAUUCAACCUCCUCCCUACACCCUCCCCCUUUCCCUUGUCUCAUAAACCACACACAGGCGUCAGAGGAGGGUAUGAUGUGGAUCGCCAUAGCCAACCGCCCGCUCUCCCCGCCAUCUUUCCUAGCAGGGGCCACAUCGGUGUUCAAGGCUUCUUAAGCAAGUGCUCGUGGCCCCUAUUCCUACACCCUCCCCCCUCCCCCCUCCCCACGUACCCUCACCAGGAGGCGUCAGAGGAGGGAAUGAUGUGGAUCGCCAUUGCCAACCGCCCCCUCUCCCCGCCCUCUUUCCUCGCGGAGGCCGCAUCGGUGUUCAAGGGUAUCUCCAAGCGCGUGCUCAUGGCAGCAUGUGUUGAGAAGGAGCUAGAGGAAGAACGAACUCUACAUUCUUGCCCUUCCUCCUGUUCACUCUCCUCCCCAGCCUAUGCCCACCUCCCUUCUACCUCCCUUGGCCCUCAACAACAGGAGGCUUCAGAAGAGGGGAUGAUGUGGAUAGCCAUCGCCAACCGUCCGCUCUCUCCCCCAUCUUUCCUUGCGGGGGCCACAUCAGUGUUCAAGGGCAUCCCUAAGCACGUGCUCAUGGCGGCAUUCAACGUGGAGAAAGAGCUUGAGGAUAAGUUUUACAAGGCCCGCCGCGACCCGUCCGAGAUUGCCAUCUUUCCGCCCACUGGGAAGACCACUGCCACUGCAUAG